UCAAAAGAUAAAUAACCAUUGGGACACGUCGAUGAAUGUCAAUUGACUUUUAAUAAGUGUACUGGGAGUUCAGUGAAAUUGAAAAAUAGUAUAUUAUAACUGGGCAACAAAACAGCACCUAUUCAAAAAUAAUACAAUCAAUAUCAAACGAAAACUGUCAUUACUUACAUGUAGAUUUAGUCGUCCUUGCAAAAUUAACUCAUCAAUAUGAGGCUCUUAGUUACAAUAGGUUGUAUGAUCGUUUUCCUUCACUGCUCGUAUGCUCCUCCUGUGACCCCUGAUAAAUCAGAAGACAGUGAAAUUAAGGAUGAUUUGGAGGAGUAUAUGGAGUAUCAUAGGUACCUCAAGGAGGUUGUGCAAGCAUUGGAGAGUGAUCCUGAUUUCAGGGAGCGAUUAGAGAAAGCUGAUGAAGAAGAUGUUAAAUCUGGAAAAAUCGCAGAACAGCUGGACUUUGUCAACCACAAUGUGAGGACAAGGUUGGAUGAAAUCAAGCGACGAGAACUAGAGAGAUUACGACACUUAGCUACCAAGCAAUUCGAGCUCACCAAUGAUCUUCACGUCAAUAUGGGUAAAGUACCGUCUAGUGAACAUUUAGAUCAUACAAAUGCUCACACAUUUGAAAUUGAAGAUCUGAAGAAACUCAUCAUGAAAACGACUUCUGAUCUUGAAGCUGCUGAUAAGAAACGCAGAGAAGAGUUUAAGACAUACGAAAUUCAAAAAGAAUUUGAAAAACAUCAGAAAAUGGAAGAAAUGGGCGACAAUAAAGAAUAUUUGGAGAAAAUAAAGGAAGAGGAAGAGGCCAAGAAACAUCACAAGCCUCUUCACCAUCCUGUGACCAAAGGCCAGUUAUUAGAGAUUUGGAAAAAUGGUGACCAUAUGGAUUUGAAAGAUUUCGACCCUAAGGUGUUUUUCAUGUUGCAUGAUGUGGACGGUAAUGGCGUUUGGGAUGCAAAUGAAGUGAAAGCCCUGUUCGUUAAGGAAUUGGAUAAAUUCUAUGGACCUGGUGGUCCCAAUAAAGAUUUGCACGAAAGAGCCGAAGAGAUGGAGAGGAUGAGGGAACAUGUGUUCAAAGAGAAUGAUAAGAACCACGACGGACUGAUUGAUUUCCAUGAGUUUAUGAUGGCCACGCAACGUGCAGAUUUCAAUCAAGACGAAGGCUGGAAGCCAAUUGAAGAAAAUCAGGUCUAUACACAAGCAGAGUACCAAGAGUACGAAAGACGUAAGCUAGAAGAGAUUAGAUACUUGCAGCAGCGUGGUUUGGUUGAUCCCCACGGUCGUCCACUACCAGGAUCUCAACACCAAAUUCACCAAGCUCUCCAGGAAUUCUACGCCCAUCAACAACAUCAAGGUUAUCCGGCACAACAACAAUACCAACAACCCCAGCACCAGGGUCAAGCCCAAUAUUAUCCACCGGGACAAGCACAACAAGGUUACCAACAACCCCAACAAGGAUAUCAACAACCUCAACAAGGAUAUCAACAACCUCAACAAGGAUAUCAGCAACCCCAACAGGGAUAUCAACAACCACCUCAAGGUCAAUAUCAAGGACAGCUAGGUCAGUCACAGAACCAGCCUCAGCAAGGACAGUAUCAAGCUCAGCAACCGCCUCAGGGGCAGUACCAGGGACAACAACCCCCUCAAGCUCAACAACCACCUCAAGCUCAACAACCCCCUCAAGCUCAACAACCUCCUCAAGCUCAACAACCACAACAGGCUCAACAACCGCCACAAGCUCAACAACCACCACAGGCUCAAUAUCAAGGACAGCCGCCUCAAACCCAAUAUCAAUCACAGCAGCAGCCCCAAGUACAGCAGCCGCCUCAAAAUCUACAACAACCCCCUCAAAAUCAAGGACAAAUACCACCGCAGCCUAAUGUGAACCAAGGGCAAGUGCCUCAGCUACCUCCAGUUCCCAUUCAAGGGCAACCGGCACAACAAGCUCAGGCCCUACCCGUGCCGUCACAGAAUGCUCUACCCCAAGUAAACUCACCUAUUCACUAAAAUAGAGUAUUAAAAGCAAAAUACGACCUCUACAUAGUACUCUACUCUAUUCUAAGUAGAAUUUAUUUCAAUUCGAUUAGACUCAAUUAGCGUAUUUAGUCGUUAAUUAUAGCAAUACCUGUCCCGUUGAACGUUUUUGCUUACAUCAUAUGUGAAUUUGCAUAAAUUAUAUCUCGUAUUUUAGCUCAUUAAAUUUUGUUUACUUGUUGUAGAUAGCGUAAAAUUACUUACUUAAAAAAUAUACUACUCAUUUCCUGAAAUAUUUGUCUAUUGAUAUAGAUGGAUUUUCACUUUCUUCAUGGUGCUUAGAGCCUCAAAUGGUGCCAAAUUCGUUUCAUGUCUGUCGUUACAUCUUUUUUAUAUUAUUAAGCUUUUCAAAUUCAAAUGUAGAAUUUCUAAUAUCAAUAAAUAUAAAAUCCAAGGAA